GACAGCUAGACAGACAAAAAAGCCGUUUAUUAUAGUUCCCCUCUCGCUCGACGAACGAACAAGUUUUUAAUAAAAAUAGUCUAUUAUAUUUUUUUUGCAUCAUUUUUGCAAGGCCGUUUCAACUCAGAAAUACAAAAAAAAAGAAAAAGUUAUUUUUAUUCCAAAAAAAUAACAACCAACUAAUUAGCUCAAUCUUAUUCGACUGUGUUCUCAAAGAAAUCUCGUGCUAUCCGAACAAAAAGAAAAGAAAAAAAACUCACUUUCAUUUGGAUGAAUUUUUUCUUCUCUACCUACACAGUUCUUUUUUAAGUAUUUUUCUCAUUUUUUCAGAGUUUUUAUUUAAUCUUUUGAAUAAAAUAUUCAAUAAUCUAGAAAAAAGUACCAAACUCAACUCAAAAAUGCAUCAAAAUUCGGUCGAAUCAGCUCAGUGAAUUUCUACAAAGAAAUUUUGUUAUUGCAAAGUGCUGCGCCCAGUGUGUGUGUGUGCUCGCGUUCUUUGUCUUUCCCCUUUUUCCCCUCACACAGAACCUACAUCUCUAAAUGUAAACAAAAAAAAAACAAAACCCAAAACGAUUGUUCUUUUUAUUCCAAAUUUGUGGCCGAAAAUCUGUAAGAAAGAACCCCAAUUUUUCAAUUCAGAACUUUUUAGAAGCUAUUUAAUCUUGUCUUUUCCUUAUCAGAACCAAAAAAAAAAACCUUCCAAACGAAAUCCCCCCAUUUCCCAGGGGAUGUGCCAUAAAAAAAGAUAGUGGCGGCGAUAGCAAGUUAAUCGGUGACGACGAGUGACGACGUCAACAAAAAGACUCUUUUUACGAUGAAGUGAAAGUGUUUUUUUCUAGUUUUUCUCUCAAUCAUCCUCAAUCCAGAGGCAAUAUCAAACACUUGCCUUUUUUUCGCUCUUGCGAUACUUUGUCAAAACUAAAUGAAUAACAAAUUAAUCAAACUUAGUUUAGUUAAAGUUCCCACAAAAAAGUUGUUUGAAAAAUUUAAACAGAAGCAGCAGACGAAGAAUCGGCAUCAAAAUUAGGAGGAAACCGUUGUUGUUGGCAAUGCGAACGAAAAAUUUAGUUUUAAUCCUUUGCUGUGUUGUGCUGACGAGUUUUAUAUUUAUAAUUCUUGGGCCAGCCGGACAACAAAAUGAUUCACUUAAAAAUAUCGUAACGCAAACACAUCAGCGAUUUAAUAAAUUACAAGAAAAUCUACGAGCAACGGAAGCAAAAAAAUUCGAUAUUGAACCAAAAUACUUAGCUAUUUUAGGUUUUAGCAAUCUUCCAACAUCACCAUCACAGACUUUGUACACUGGUGGUCAAUCACAACCAUCACAACUACAGCAGUCAUCACAGCCAUUUACAACAAAUGCCACUCCAUACAAUGGCACAAAGGCAAACUUCACUAUUGUUACAUACGUUCAAGAAGGUCAGGCACCGUCCGCCAUCCUAUUGUCACAGAAUAUAGCUGCAAAAUUUCCAAACGAGUAUUUGCUCAUCUAUGAUCUCGGUCUGUCCGAAGAUGAUUCUCGAGCCUUGUCAGCAUUCUGCAAUAGCUCGAAGUGUUCAGUAAUAAACUAUGACCUGUCUGUUUUUCCAUCCUAUGUGACGGAUCAACGGAUGCAUGCAUAUCGUCCCAUUGUGAUAAAGGACGCUCUAAUGCGUUCAAAAAAUAUUCUCUUUGCCGAAAAUUCCGUUCGAAUUCGUGGAAAUAGUCGUGAUUUGAAUGAUUUACGAGCUAAGGCUGGACCGGGUGUGUUGGGUUGGACAACACCCAAAGCUGUGUCAACACGAACGCAUCCGAAAAUGUUUGAUUAUUUUCAAACGGACGCAGAUGAUUUUAUAUUCUUGCGAAUGGUUGAGCUGGAUAAGGUGUUUUUCGCUGAUACACCGUUGGUGGAGGAGAAAAUUCUACUGCCAUGGAUUAAGUGUGCACUAACACUUGAAUGUAUUGAUCCGAUAGGUGCCCAAUCGAACGGUUGUAAAUACAACAAGAAACCCCAAUACCGAUAUUCCGGUUGCCACGCAUAUGAUACAUCAGCGUUCAAUAUUGUUCUAGGAUUAACCUGGCACCUUGAUGAUUCCAAGUACUCGCUACCUGGUGAAGACAACAACAUCUUCUAUCAGGAAACUCUAGAGCAAGCUACAAAAAUUCUUGAAAAUCGUCGCCGCAACAGCAGUGAAACAUCAGAUCAUCCAUUUGCGGAUGAUUGAUUAAGACUCGGCUCACAUAAUCACAAGAGAAAAAGAAAAACCAGUACACGCAACAACAAGACACACAAAUCAAACUAUUUACACUUAAGUCGAAAAGGUUAAGUAUUAAAGUUAAAAAGAAUUAAAUAAGAGUUAUGUAAUAAAUUUAAUUAUUAUGAAAAGUUUUUAAAAUUAAGAUUUGAGAGAAAACAAAAAAAAAACGGUGAUUUAAAUAAACUAUGCUUAGGAUUUGCAUAUAAUUUUUUUU